UUUCUUUCUUUUGAAAAUAAUUACUUUAUUCACCCCUGUUAUGCCCAUUGCAGAAAGUGUGAAGUUGGACAGUGAGGAAGAGGCAGAGUUUGAGGCUGAUGCCAAGGAGGAUCAAGUUGCAUGUCCUCAGGGACAGAUGCCAGAUGUGGACAACAAAAAUGCUCAAACAACUGACCCUACAACACCUUCGCAAGCUUUUACAAACAAGUCACCCAAGAAGGGUAAAGGUCGCCAACCAUGCAAGAGGAGGACUUGGAAUGAAGGAGAGGUCCUUGCAGUCGAAAAGCACUUGAUGGCAUUCAUCACCACCUGUAGAGUUCCAGGAAAAGCAGACUGUGAUAAGUGUUUAAAACGGGAACCUGUUGCACUCAGAAACAGAAAUUGGCUGGCUGUUAAGUUUUACGUUAAAAAUCGCAUAACGGCUCUUAAAAACAAAGCUUAAAAACAUUUAAUUUCAUGCUGCUUUUAAGUGCUUUUAGU